UUAUUAUUAAAGGUUAGAGUGAUUAGAUGUUUACAGGAUGUCUAAUUUGAACAAAUAAAUUCUGUAAAAUCUCAACCCGUAUUAUCCAACUUUCAAUUCACGAUGACAACUGUAACUUUGAGAGGUGUACCCAUAACUUUCCCAUUUGAACCUUAUGACAUUCAAAAAGAGUACAUGGAAAAAGUUUUGGAGUGCUUACAAAACCAAACCAACGGAGUUCUUGAAUCGCCAACCGGUACAGGAAAAACCCUUUCUUUACUAUGUUCGACCCUAGCCUGGCUCCAGUUGAAGAAGGACCAGUUACGUGUUCAGCGUCAGAUGGUGGGGAACUUGAACGAAAAUGAAUUCACAGCGGAAUUCUGGAAAGCAAAAGAUCUCACUGAAAAACAAAUGAACAGCAGGAGUAUGUCAGGCUUACCGACUAUAAUUUAUGCUUCGAGGACGCAUUCCCAGCUGUCUCAAGCUAUGCAGGAAUUGAAGAGAACUGCUUACAGCAACAUGAAAGCUUGCGUGUUAGGAUCUAGAGAUCAGUUAUGCACCCUUCCGGAGCUGGCAAAGGAAACUGGUACUUAUAAGAACCAAAUGUGCCAAUUGAAAGUUCUUACGAGGUCUUGCCACCUUUAUAACAGGGUAGAGAAGAAGAAAGAUGACCCUGACAUAACUGGGGUAAAUAUAAUGGAUAUUGAAGAUAUAGUCAAAUUAGGAAAUUUGCAUAAAUUCUGCCCAUUUUAUAUGGCUAAGGAACUCAAACAACAAGCAGAUAUUGUAUUCAUGCCCUAUAACUAUUUACUGGAUCCUGUUAUUAGAAAAGUUAUGGCAAUUCAACUGUCCGAUGCAGUGGUGAUUCUGGAUGAGGCGCACAACGUAGAGAAAAUUUGCGAAGAAUCUGCUUCUCUACAGAUAAAAUCCUCAGACGUAACCCUCGCAAUUGAAGAGGUGACCGCCAUAAUGAAAAUGAUGGCAAACGAGUCAUUGAGUUUCGACGAUUCUCCGAAAGAUUUCGAUCCCGACCAAUUGUGUAAUCUGAAGCAAUUUUUUUUGGAUUUAGAAAAAGAAAUCGAUAAAAUCGAAUUGAAGAGUGGACCCGAAGGAACAACUUUGGAAGGGACUUAUAUUUUUGAGUUAUUUGGCAAAGCUGGGGUUACGGCAGAAAACUUUUACAGCGUAACAGGUCUGAUUGCCAAUAUAGUUCAAUUUCUAUCUACCGUGAGUGAAGGUCCUUUCGCGAGAAAAGGAAAUAAUCUUCGUAUGUUUGAAGAUAUUAUCAAAGUCAUUUUUCUCGGAACUUCUGACGAAUUCAGGCAGAAAGUAAAUAAAUGUUAUAAGUUACAUGUGACAGAGGAAGAAGUCAAGAAGAGAAGAUCAGAUUGGCUAUCGAAAGCAACUGCAAAAUCAGGGGGGAAAGUACUCAACUACUGGUGCUUCAGCCCUGGAUUUGGGAUGAACAUGCUGAUGGCUAGUGGAAUGCGAUCUUUGAUACUAACAAGUGGUACUCUGGCGCCUUUGAAACCUCUUAUAUCUGAAUUGGAAGUGAAUGUUGGAGUACGACUGGAAAACCCCCAUAUUGUGACAGACGACCAAGUUUGCGUCAAAAUCGUUACGGCUGGACCGGACUCGGAACCAUUGAAUUGUAGUUACUACAACAGAGAAAAUAUAAAGUAUAUUAGUUCUUUGGGAAGAUCAAUAUUGAAUCUCACUAGGGUGAUUCCCAAUGGGUUGCUGAUAUUUUUUCCGUCCUAUCCCAUUAUGCUGAAAUGCCAACAGCACUGGCAGGAAUGUGGACUUUGGAGUGACAUCAAUGCUCAGAAGGCCAUUUAUGUGGAACCCAGAGACAAGGAUUCAUUCAACAGCGCGAUGACCAACUACUACGAGAAAGUUAACGAUCCUAACUUGAAGGGAGCGAUUUUUAUGGGAGUGUGUCGAGGCAAAGUUUCUGAAGGUUUAGAUUUUGCAGACGCUAACGGAAGAGCUGUGAUCAUUACUGGCCUACCCUAUCCUCCUCUCAAAGAUCCCAGAGUGAUUUUGAAAAAGCGUUAUUUGGAUGUUUGUAAUGCCACAGACAGAGAGUUCUUGAGAGGCGAUGAAUGGUACAGUUUAGAAGCAAGCAGAGCUGUGAAUCAGGCCAUCGGUCGAGUAAUAAGACACAAAGACGAUUACGGAGCAAUACUGUUACUAGACGCAAGAUUCAAUAACGCGAAAAUCAAAGGUCAAAUGUCACUGUGGCUCAGAAAUCGCAUAAAACACGUCCCCAACUUCGGAGAAUUGAUGAGAGAUCUGAGAAUGUUCUUCAAAAAAGCAGACGCCGAUUUUGGUUCGCUCCAAAGGCGUCCCAGUUCUGCUGCCCCCUCAGCGGAAUUCGAGGUUCCCAAGACUUACAAAGGAGACAAAUUCGACUUCAGUACUAGUUCCAUCGCUUCGAGUUCCUCGGAGAGUUUCAGCAACAAUGGAGAAGUUACAAUUCACAAAAGACUGCAACCGAGCCAUCAACAUGCUUCCAAACGAAUGAAAAUAAACCUGAUCCCCAACGUUGCCACCCAGUCCAACGUAAACAAUACCACAACCAAGGAGUACAUAAUCAUGGUUAAAAAAUCUCUGGACGAAUCAUCAUUCAAAAAUUUCACACUAGCUCUUAAGGUUUACAAGGACACCGGUAACGUAACUACUUUAACUGAGAGCCUAGAGACUAUUUUCAGAAGUAAAUCUCACUUGAAGUAUCUCAUACCGGGGCUAGAGUCCUACGUGAAGGUCCAGCACAAGGCGGAGUUCAGCGAUUACUGUAAACAGAACGGAUUACUCGACUGAAGUGGCUGGUAGAGGUAUGAUCGCGGGAGAGGACACUGAUUAGUCUCUCAGUCAGGAAGGACGUUCAGGUGACCAAGCUUGAGAUUUCUGAAUGAUGUUAGUUCGUAUCCGUGUUCAUCGAGGAGAAAUAUUUAUGUGUACAAAGAGGUGAACAUGGACUUGUUGUGAUACAUUAAUGAUUUUACUGAGGAAAGCUAGUGAAAAUAUUUUUCCAAGCCAUUAAUUUCUGUAUAUACGAUCUCGAAACAUGAUUUAUAUUUUAAUACAUUAUUCAACAACAAAAACAAUAAUUUCUCACUUUGGAACUUGAAUUCUGAAAGUAAUUCUGAAGUAAAAUACAAUAAUCCUUGAA